GCUCAGUCCGUUAUCUAACAGAGAGAGAGAGAGAGAGAGAGAGAACCAUACAGCGCCCUAUACAUAGAGAGAAAGUGGUACACACACACACACACAAACACACAUAUCCAAACAGAUGAAGAAAUCUGGCAAAUUCAAAAAUGGUUUGCUGUAAUUGAAAUCUGAAUCUGCAAUCAACAACAACAAAAUCUGAUCCACCUUUUUGUAUCGAUAAAAUGGCGGCCCCAUUGACGGGGCUUCAGCACAGGGACGGCGUAGGCGGAGUGGCCGUAAUGGCGGGCCCACUGAACCAAUCGAACAGCAACAACAAGCCUGGUAGUAAUUGUGUGAAGAAUUCCGCCCUAAGAUCGCCGAUUCUCAUCUUCCUGUUCUUUCACAAAGCGAUACGGACCGAACUCGACGGGCUCCACCGCGCGGCCAUGGCCUUCGCCAACAAUCAGGAGAGUGACGACAUCAAUCCCUUGUUGCGGCGGUGUCACUUCCUCCGGUCGAUUUAUAAGCACCACUGCAAUGCUGAGGACGAGGUCAUCUUUCCGGCUCUUGAUAUACGUGUGAAGAAUGUGGCACGAACUUACUCCCUUGAGCAUGAGGGAGAAAGUGUUCUUUUUGAUCAGUUGUUUGCACUGCUGAAUUCAAAUGUGCAAACUGAAGAAAACUCUAAGAGAGAGUUAGCCUCUUGUACUGGAGCUCUUCAAACAUCUAUUAGCCAGCACAUGUCCAAGGAAGAGGAGCAGGUCUUCCCCUUGCUUAUUGAGAAGUUUUCGUUUGAAGAGCAAGCAUCAUUAGUGUGGCAGUUUCUGUGCAGCAUUCCUGUAAGUAUGAUGGCAGAGUUUCUUCCAUGGCUUUCUUCAUCUAUUUCUUCUGAUGAAUGUCAGGACAUGCGUAAGUGCUUGAGUAGAGUAAUACCAGAAGAGAAGCUUCUCCAGCAGGUGAUUUUCACCUGGAUGGAUGGGGCAAAAACCAAGGACAAUCAUAAAAGUUGCGAAGAUGAUUCUAAGCACCAAAGUUCUGCAGAUGCUGAGACUAGCACCUUAAUCAGUCCAACUAAUAAAGCGCAUUGUGCCUGUGAAUCUUCCAGGACUGGUAAAAGAAAAUAUGUGGAACUAAGUUGUGAACUUGAUGAAUCCACUCAGGCUCGCCCAAUUGAUGAAAUACUGCACUGGCAUAAGGCUAUUAUAAAGGAACUGAAAGAUAUAGCUGAAGCAGCAAGGAAGAUACAGUUAUGUGGAGAUUUCUCUGAUUUAUCCGCAUUCAAUAAGAGGCUGCAGUUCAUUGCAGAAGUUUGCAUCUUUCACAGUAUUGCUGAGGACAAAGUUAUAUUCCCAGCUUUGGAUGCAGAACUCUGUUUUGCAGAGGAGCAUGCAAAAGAAGAAAGUGAAUUUGAGAAGUUCAGAUGCUUGAUAGAAAGCAUUGAAAGUGCUGGUGCCAACUCAUCUUCAGCUGAAUUUUAUACUAAGUUGUGCUCACAUGCUGAUCAUAUUAUGGACACCAUACAGAAGCACUUCCACACUGAGGAAGUUCAGGUUCUUCCUCUUGCGCGAAAGCAUUUUACUUGCAGGCGGCAGCGAGAACUCCUGUAUAAAAGCUUAUGUGUGAUGCCUUUGAGGCUGAUAGAGUGUGUUUUACCAUGGUUGGUUGGAUUGCUAAGUGAAGAAGAAUCCAGGUCUUUUCUUCACAAUAUGCAUAUGGCAGCUCCACCAUCGGACGCUGCACUGGUUACUCUUUUUUCUGGAUGGGCAUGCAAAGGCCGUCCCAGGGAUGUUUGUUUGUCUUCCAGUGCUAUUGGGUGUUGCCCUGCAAAAGUACUGAAUGAAACCACUGAAAUUAUUAACAAGCCCUCCUGUCCUUGCACCUCGCUAUCCACUGAGGAGAAUCUUCAAUUUGCUCACCCCGAUGAUCAAGGAAGGCCAGCCAAGCGGGGGAAUUUGAAUUGUAGGGAAGAAAUUGAUAGUUAUAAUCCUUCCGGAACUCGAAAUAUGCAAAAAAUAUCUUGUGGAAAUCAGUCUUGUUGUGUUCCUGGAUUAGGAGUUAAUACCAAUAAUUUGGGAAUGAGUUCUCUUGCUCCUGCAAAAUCUUUACGCUCGUUAUCGUUUGGUCCUUCUGCUCUUUCCCUCAACUCCAGUCUUUUCAACUGUGAAACAGAUAUAAGCCCGACUCAUAUUGGCUUCACAGCCCGACCCAUUGAUAAUAUAUUCAAAUUUCAUAAAGCGAUCCGCAAAGAUUUGGAAUAUCUGGAUGUUGAGUCGGGAAAACUGGGUGAUUGUGAUGAAACUUUCCUCAGACAGUUUAGUGGCAGAUUUCGCUUAUUAUGGGGCUUAUAUAGAGCACACAGUAAUGCGGAGGAUGACAUAGUGUUCCCGGCAUUAGAAUCACGAGAAACGCUUCAUAAUGUUAGCCACUCCUACACAUUGGACCACAAGCAGGAAGAAAAACUAUUUGAGGAUAUUUCAUCUGCACUUUCUGAGCUUGUUCAACUUCAUGGAAAAUUGAAGAAUGUCAACACGACUGGGGAUUCAUGUAGAAGCUUUGGUUCAUGUGAAGGUGAUGACAGCAUGAGAAAAUACAGCGAGCUUGCUACAAAGGUUCAGAGCAUGUGUAAAUCCAUAAAAGUCACGCUGGAUCAGCAUGUUUUCCGCGAAGAACUAGAGCUCUGGCCAUUAUUUGAUAGGCAUUUUUCUGUGGACGAGCAGGACAAAAUUGUUGGUCGUAUAAUUGGUACUACUGGUGCAGAGGUGCUCCAGUCAAUGUUGCCCUGGGUAACAUCUGCUCUUACUCUGGAGGAGCAGAAUAAAAUGGUGGAUACAUGGAAGCAGGCGGCUAAAAACACAAUGUUCAGUGAGUGGCUUGAUGAAUGGUGGGAAAGAACUUCUUCUGCAUCUUCACCUACUGCACCAUCAGCGGUCCCUCAAGGGACUGAUGUCUAUGAAAGUCUGGACCAAAGUGAUAGCACUUUCAAGCCUGGCUGGAAUGAUAUAUUCCGGAUGAAUCAAAAUGAGCUUGAAUCUGAGAUAAGAAAGGUUUCCCGGGACUCAACCCUUGAUCCAAGACGAAAAGCAUAUCUAAUUCAAAAUCUUAUGACCAGUCGCUGGAUAGCUGCUCAGCAGAAGUUACCUCAAGCAAGAAUAGGUGAAACUUCAAGUGAGGAAGAUCUACUUGGAUGCUCUCCAUCUUUUCGUGAUCCAGAGAAACAUGUGUUUGGGUGUGAGCAUUAUAAACGGAACUGCAAACUUCGUGCUGCUUGCUGUGGCAAGUUGUUUGCUUGCAGGUUCUGCCAUGACAAAGUUAGCGACCAUUCUAUGGACAGAAAGGCUACAUCUGAAAUGAUGUGUAUGAGCUGCCUGAAAAUUCAGGCUGUCGGACCAAUUUGUACGACACCUUCUUGCAAUGGACUUUCAAUGGCCAAUUACUACUGUAGCAUUUGCAAAUUUUUUGAUGAUGAAAGGACAGUUUACCAUUGCCCGUUUUGCAAUUUAUGCCGUCUUGGGAAGGGACUUGGUGCUGACUUCUUCCAUUGCAUGACCUGCAAUUCCUGCCUUGCAAUGAAAUUAGCAGAUCAUAAGUGCCGGGAGAAAGGUCUGGAAACAAACUGUCCCAUAUGCUGUGAUUUUCUAUUCACAUCCAGUGCGACUGUUAGAGCUCUUCCUUGUGGUCAUUUUAUGCAUUCGGCAUGCUUUCAGGCUUACACUUGCACUCACUACGUUUGUCCAAUUUGUAGCAAAUCUUUGGGCGACAUGGCGGUUUACUUUGGCAUGCUUGAUGCCUUGUUGGCUUCUGAGGAGCUCCCAGAAGAAUACAGGGAUCGCUUUCAGGAUAUACUGUGCAAUGACUGUGGUAAGAAGGGAACUUCACCGUUUCACUGGCUAUACCAUAAGUGUGGGUCUUGUGGAUCGUACAAUACCAGAGUGAUCAAGGCUGACUAAAUUCCAAUUGCUCGACACCAAACUAAGGACGGGACUUUUAAAUGAUUGGUUCAGGUGAGGUUUGUACUGCAAUGGGGUACUCACAAAGUUCAAAAUUAACCUUCCGAUUGCCAAGUCGACGAAGGAGGAGAUUAUGAACAUAUCCAAGUGCGACACAGUUGAUACCAAAUCCGAUACAUUUUUGCAAAUGUAAAAUGGCUACAAAAGAUGCAGUCUUAAGUUUCCAAACUGGUGAUCAGAACAAGCUAAGAGUUGAAGGUUGAAAAUUUUGAUCCACUGCAUAUUCAAAGCCCUAGCGCUCACUUCCGGCUGCUGCACUGUGUUUUGAUUAAAUUGGUGACCAUAUUUUCUCUUUCAGAUGGAUAAAGGUCUGGAAAAUUACUGGUGCAGUGGACAACUUCUCGUUUCUAAUAGCUCUGUACCCGGAAUUGAUUUAGCCAGUUAUCUUGAAGAUACUUAGAACAUCAGAUUUAUUUUUUCAACCUUGCAGAGAAUAUACUGGAAAGCGUUUGGGUAUUACAUUCAUUUUGCGAGUGAAUUGUCCAAAAGUGCUUGUUCUGGGUUA